AUGGCAGCUGCAUUGCACGUAGAAAAACCUGAACAACCUGAAUUAGCUAAACAUGAUUCGAGUAUUCUCGAUUUAGCUUUUGCUAUGGAUUGUACGGGUUCCAUGGGAAGUUAUAUUGAUAGUGCGACACAAAAUAUUCGUUCGAUUGUUGAAGAAAUUGUAACAAGUGAAAAAAGUGAUAUUCAUUUAGCACUUGUUGAAUAUCGAGAUCAUCCUCCACAAGAACAUACAUUUGUUACUCGUGUACAUGAUUUUACUAGUAAAGUUAAAGAAAUGAAAGGUUGGCUUGAACAAUGUGAUGCACAAGGUGGUGGUGAUGCACCAGAAGCUGUAGCUGACGCAUUACAUGAUGUUCUCAAAUUAUCAUGGCGUCCAGAAGCAACAAAAAUUUGUAUUCUUAUCUCAGAUGCACCACCACAUGGACUUGAUCCAAGUUGUGAUGGUUUCCCUGAAGGAGAUCCUUCUGGUGUUGAUCCUAUAAAAACAGUACGAGACAUGGCUGAAAAACAAAUAACACUUUAUUGUGUCGGAGUUGAACCCCCUAUUGUUCCUUAUCGUGAUUUUUUUAUGACACUUGCUUAUUUAACUGGUGGACAAUAUGUUCCAAUGGUAAAUGCAAAAUUAUUAGCUCAAGUUAUAAUUGGUGGUGUACGUGAAGAAAUUUCCUUAGAACGUCUUAUGAAAGAUGCUGAAGAAGAUAUAAAUCAAGAAAUGAAAAAAGCCGAAGCUGAAGGCGUCGGUGAAGAAGAAAUAACGGCAAGAGUUAAUAGUUUAUUACUCAAAAAAAAUCUACGUGUUAAACAAAUGGAUAAUAUAGGUGGAAUAACAUCAUCUGUAGCUAAAGAUAGCUAUUCAAAAUGUGCUAAUAUGAGUGAAUUACGAAGUCAAUAUAAAAUAGAAUCACUACCAGAACCAGUUUAUCCUUCUCGUAUGACUCGUGCGGCUGCUCGUCGUGCUGCUGCUCGUAGUGACAGUAAAGAUGAAGAAGAGGCAGAAGGUGGUUUUUCACCACCACGGGCAGCGCCAGUAACUGAAAUGAAUUAUGGCUUAAAAGAAGAUGAAGCUGUGAGUAUGGCACAAACAGAACGUAUCGUACAAAGAAUGCGUUAUAAAAAAUAA